AUGAAUGAUCAUCAGUUUGCAUGGAUCCUAUGGUACAUUUGGAAAGCAAGGAACAACAAGGUAUUCAGUAAUCUGGAUGUAGAUGCUAUGGAUACACUAAAGCUCGCUGAAACGGAAUCUGCUAUGUGGGCUGCGGCCCAAGAAUUGCCCAUCCGACUUUCCAUACCAUCACAAGUAAACCAGCCUCCUUCAAUUCCAGGGAGAUGGUGCUUUACCGAUGGUUCGUGGAAGGACAAGGACUCUUUUUUGGGACAAGGAUGGUUUAGUACUCUGGAAGGUUAUGAGGGAUUAAUGGGGGCACGAAAUGUUCGGGCAAGUUUGUCUCCCCUUCACUCGGAGGUGGAGGCUUUGAUUUGGGCAAUGGAAUCUUUCGACAAAGUGACAAGCAAUGGUCAUGGACAAGACUCAUCCUACUUCUUGGGAUGGGAAGAGUACGAGAAGAAUCCUUACGAUGAGAUCAAGAACCCUAAUGGGAUGAUCCAGAUGGGUCUUGCUGAAAACCAGCUAUGUUUCGAUCUCAUCGAGUCAUGGUUGCAAAACCCAGACGCAGCUAGUCUCAAGAGGAACGGCCAAUCCAUUUUCAGAGAGCUUGCUCUCUUUCAAGACUAUCACGGCAUGCCUGAAUUCAAAAAAGCUAUGGCUGAGUUUAUGGAAGAAAUAAGAGGAAACAGAGUCACGUUUGAUCCCAAAAAGAUUGUUUUAGCCGCUGGUUCCACCUCUGCGAACGAGACUCUCAUGUUUUGUCUCGCUGAGCCUGGCGAUGCUUUCCUCUUGCCUACUCCUUACUAUCCUGGAUUCGAUAGAGAUCUUAAAUGGAGAACUGGAGCUGAGAUCGUGCCGAUUCACUGCUCAAGCUCUAAUGGCUUCCAAAUCACGGAAGCAGCUCUUCAACAAGCUUACCAGCAAGCCCAUAAACUUGAUCUCAAAGUCAAAGGAGUUCUUGUCACAAAUCCAUCAAACCCACUUGGCACUGCGUUGACCAGACGUGAACUUAACCUACUCGUUGACUUCAUCGCUUCCAAGAACAUUCAUCUCAUUAGCGACGAGAUCUACUCAGGCACUAUGUUUGGGUUUGAACAGUUCAUAAGCGUGAUGGAUGUCUUGAAAGACAAGAAACUCGAAAACACCGAGGUUUCUAAAAGAGUCCACGUCGUUUACAGCCUUUCCAAGGAUCUAGGGCUUCCUGGUUUCCGCGUGGGAGCCAUCUACUCCAACGACGACAUGAUCCUUUCCGCCGCGACAAAAAUGUCGAGUUUCGGUCUUGUUUCUUCUCAGACUCAACACCUUCUCUCUGCGUUGCUCUCAGACAAAAAGUUCACAAGCCAGUACCUCGAGGAGAACCAACGGCUCAGGUCCAGACAGAAGCGCCUAGUGUCUGGUCUUGAGUCCGCAGGGAUUACUUGUCUGAGAAGCAACGCGGGUUUGUUCUGUUGGGUCGACAUGAGACACCUCUUGGACACAAACACAUUCGAAGCAGAGCUCGACCUCUGGAAAAAGAUUGUUUACAACGUGAAACUGAACAUCUCGCCCGGUUCGUCGUGUCACUGCACCGAACCGGGUUGGUUUAGGGUUUGUUUCGCAAAUAUGAGUGAAGAUACACUCGAUUUGGCUUUGAAGAGGCUCAAAACAUUCGUAGAGUCCACAGACUGUGGACGGAUGAUAUCAAGAAGCAGCCAUGAAAGGCUUAAGAGUUUGAGGAAGAAGACAGUCUCUAACUGGGUUUUCCGGGUUUCAUGGUCCGACCGUGUGCCUGAUGAGCGAUGAAGUUAUUCAUCUCCCUGAGUUGAGACGACAAAAAAAAGUCUUUCAAGGUUUUCUCUUUUUUAUUUCCUUCAUUUUUUAAAAUAUUUUGGAGAAGUAUUUUUCAUUUUCCAAGAUAUAUAUACAUAUAUAUAGUAUCAUUAUAUAUGCGUAAUAUUCGUAAAUGUUUGGGUGAGUUUUAUGCAAUUUUUCGGGUGUAAAAUUGUUACUAUAAGUGUCAUUAUGUGUUAAAAAUGCACUCAGUCCGAAUGUGGAUUUGCAGUGGCUAUAUAUAUAAAAUAUAUACCCCGUUGU